AUGGAAUUCACCCAACCGGCGGAGGCCUCCACAAUCUUUACGUACUGGGAAUCCAACAACAUCGUGCGAACGCAGAAUGUAUACCAUUUCAAGAUCGAGUCAGACCACCAUGGCAAGGCUGGACGUCAGCAAGGCGGAGAUUGGUUUCAGCUCCCGCCUCUGUACUGCUCGGGCGUGUCGGGCAGCUCCACCUACGUCCAGAGCCGAAUCAUGUCGCAACAGUCCGGCCGGCAGAAAGAAUAUUCGGAUGAAGGCGGUGUCAUCAUCUUCAACAUCGGCAUCCCAGCAUGUCAGCAGUCGUCUGUCGAUGAUGGCCGUAAAGUGAUCGAUCAAUUCAUCGAUCUGCUACGAGGCUAUGCAGACGAUCCCAACGUCACCAUUGAAAGCGCACAUUACGAGCCCGCCACCGCGACCAUCUUCAUCAACGACCCUACAGAGAGGAUCGAGCCCAUCGAGCGACAAUGA